AUGAAUAAAAGUUUAAACAAGAUAGAAAAUAAAGAAUUUGAGGAAGAUGAAAUUUUUGACGAUUCAAACUUGCUGGCUAACUUUGAAACUUCAGAGUUUAAAGACAAUUCCUUUGAUGAAAACUCAAAUAAAAAUGCCCUUAAUGUCAGUGCUCUAUGCUGUGAUGAAGAAAUAAGUGGCUAUGAUAGGCUUACCGGCAAAACAUGGAUAUACCCUACAAAUUACCCAGUGAGGGAUUAUCAGUUCAAUAUUAUACAUGCUGCCAUCGUAAAGAACACAUUGGUAAGCUUACCUACUGGGUUGGGCAAGACAUUUAUAGCAGCUGUUAUAAUGUACAACUUUUAUAGAUGGUAUCCUCUGGGUAAAAUAGUGUUCACCGCACCAACAAGACCUCUGGUCGCACAGCAGAUUGAAGCGUGCUAUAACAUUGUAGCUUUACCCCAAAAAGAUACGAUUGAAAUGACAGGUCACAUGCAAGUGAACUCCAGAAAGCAACAUUGGCAAACAAAAAGGGUGUUUUUUGCAACUCCCCAAGUGAUAUACAAUGACAUUAAAUCUGGUAUUUGUCCAGGUGAUAAAAUACGGUGCCUUGUAGUUGAUGAAGCUCAUAGAGCGAGAGGAAAUUAUGCAUAUUGUCAAAUAGUUUCAACGCUAAGUGAUAUGGGACACAAGUCAUACAGAGUGGUUGCUCUAUCUGCCACUCCCGGGAGUAAAAUUGAGGAUGUCAUUAAUGUUGUAAAGAAUUUGAACAUUGCUCAUUUGGAAUUGAGAACUGAAAACUGUAUAGACGUCGCGCCAUAUAGCCACUCUCGCAAAGUAAACACUGUAGUUAUCAAAUUGGGACCAGAAUUAACACAUUUAAGACAACAAUAUGUAGAUAUUCUAGAUGGAUAUGCAAGGAGAUUGAAACAGUUGAAUAUUUUACCCCAUAAUUUGGGCAAUCUUUCAAAAGGCCGAGUAGUUAUGAUGUAUAAGGAAUUUCAAAAUAGAGAUCGCAGUAACAGGCACCCUCAACACAAUAUCAUAAUGAAGGAUUUUACUCUCCUGAUUGCUCUUUACCAUGGCUUAGAAUUAUUAAUGAAACAUGGAUCAAGAGUAUUCCUCAACUUUUUCGACGAACAUCCAGAGAAGUCAUGGAUACAGGGGGAUGAUAAAUUGACAUCACUUCUAGAGAGGUUGCGGGACGACCUUGGAAUCAAUCCCUUGUCUUUAGACAGAAGUAUACUACCAGAUGGAUCUGUACCAGAGAUUCCAAAAGAUUUGUGCUUUGGUCAUCCUAAAUUUUAUAAACUGAAGGAAAUCAUGUUGGAGCAUUUUCAAAAGGCAAAAAAAGACAGGACAAAACACAAAAGCUAUAGUCAUACUGCCUUUAACUGUUGUCGAUUUUACAUUGUUGCAGUGUUUUGUGAGUAUAGAGAGAGUGUAAAUCUCGUGCAUUGCCUUCUAUUGCAGUGUCGCCCACUCAUCGUGCCUCUCAUGUUCGUAGGACAGGGCGCUUCGGGCAAGGAUGGAAAGACAGUUGUAUCUCAGAAACAGCAGUUGCGCGUUAUGCGAUCGUUUCGAGAAGGAACGUGCAACACGCUUGUCUGUACCUGCGUGGCUGAAGAAGGUCUCGAUGUCGGGUCGGUAGACCUUAUAUUGUGUUUCGACAUUUCCACACGGUCGCCAAUACGUCUUGUGCAGCGAUGCGGUCGCACUGGAAGAGAAAGAGGCGGUCAGGUGCACAUUCUAGUCACAGAGGGGAGGGAACACCAGACCCUUAUAGACUGCAUGCGUCAAAGAGAUGGCCUAAACAACCGAAUAUUACAAUCGAAAGAAGUAGAAAACAACUUGUACAAAGCGAAUCCUCGUAUGAUUCCUUAUGACUUUACGCCCGCAUGUCAAAAGAUGCACAUCACUGUACCUAAGAAACAAGACUCUAACGCUGACAAAAGUAAAAAGGGUCAAAAAGAUUUAAGAAAUAUGCUAGACAGUACAGCUUCAACAAGUAAAACAAGCUUUACAAAAUAUGUGGAGGGCUCAGAAUUAAUAUCUGAAGAGAAAUUCAAUGAUUUAUUUAAAGAAGGAUUUAAAAGCUUUCGACGUUUAAGGGAUCCUUUGGAGUACUGGACCAUGGGAAAAGAUGCAUUAAUAAAAAUAAGCAAACAAGUAGAUAACUAUUUACAAUUACAUACAUGGCUUGAGUGGCAAAGAUCGUUACACACAAAAAUAAAUAUAGGAAGUUCAACCGAUACAGAAAUACUGACUUCACUACUAAAGUACGGUGAUAACAAGAGAUUUGAUGUACCGCCAUCUACCCAAAAUCCUAACUUUAAUACACAAGAUUUUCAUACACAAGAUCCUAUAUGUAAGGUUUCAUCGCCAGUUAAUGCCAAACCGAUCAAAAACAAAGUAAAAGCUUCGAGGACUAAAUCUCCAAUCAAAAAAGAUGGCGAUAUCAGGGCAUUGUUUAGUACGACUACCAAAUCUACUAAAGAUUAUACGAAGCUAUUAAACGACUUAGGGAUAAAUAACGAUGGUAGUUUACCUACAAGCCUAAUUAAUCUCCUUGUUGAUCUCAAAUUAGAAGUCUCAAAUGUUGCUAAGAAAUGUUACAUUUGUUCAAAUAUAUGUGACUGCAAAUUUAUUGCUAGUAAGAAAAACGUCGAAUUUAAACCAGUAUUGUCACUUUCUAACGCAUUAAAUUUACCAGACAUAGAUAUCAUAGAUGAUAUAAACUUUAGCUCUAUUUUGAAAUGCUCUAAAGCAGUUACAAACGAAAAAAUGGAAAUGAAUUAUUCGGUCGAUAACAACGAACAUAAUCGAAGUACAAAUUUUAAUCUAGAAUUCGAUUUUGAUUUAUCCAAUUCACCUGAGAAAGAAAUUGCCACUGAACCAAAAGAAAAUAAAGAAACCAAUUUUGAUAUUGGAAACCUUGAUGAUAUAUUUGAGAACAGCAGUCCUGAGGAACCAAAGGAUUCUGUGAAUAGUAAGCAAAACGAUGAUCCCAAAGAAACACUAGGGUUCUUUGGUUUAGACAGUAUUGAUGAUAUAUUUGCUGAUUCCGAUGAAGACCUUAAUCAUAAAAAUGAUAAUAAUCCUAUAAUGGACCAUGCUGUCCAAAAUAGAAAUGAUAAAAUUGAAAUAGAGUCUGAUGAUGAUUUAAUUAUUUGUGAUAAGUACAUAGACAUCCAAGCAAACACACCUUUGAGGAAAAGUCCAUCAAUUCUUUCCGGUCAAAUAAAAGAAAAUAUUCUUACCUCUCCAAUAUUAUGCAGCCAAUCUCGAAAGUUUGUCCUUAGUACUAAGAAAAGUAAGUUGAAAAGUUCAACACCAAUAAGUACAGUUAGAAAGAAAUUAAUGUCGGAACCGGACAUUCAUGUAGGUAGUGAAAAAACGUUACUUACAGAAGUGAGUAAGACUAAACAAUAUUUCACGGAAAAUAUGUUAGAAACAAGUGUUAAUAAGAGUAUGUUUACAAUUACCCAGUUGGUCGAGAUGAUUAAUAAAAGCGAAAAUAGUAUUUCAGCUAAUAAAUCUCAGUAUAAUAACAAUGACAGAAGUGUGUCGCCAAUCCUUUUGACGCAAGCCGAUCGAAAAUCCUUAAGUCGUGCUUCAAACACCAAAAAACCUAAUAAAUCGAUAUCAAAAUCCGAAAGUCUUAUAAUUCUUGAGACAGAUAGCGAGUCUGAUGAGCAAACACAAGAGUACGAUACGGAAAAUAUUAAUAAGUCUACAAAUAAUGUGGCAAAUGUGAAACCACAUAACACGAUAGAAAAAUUAGAUAUUCAUAAAAAUACAAGUUCUUUUAACAACGAUAAAAAAGAGGCUAACAUAUCAAAUAAAACAUCACCUACAGACAUACAUCAUACACCUAACGACAGUCCUAAAACGUCUAAACGGAAGUUCAACGAUGAUGACGAGAUAGUCUCAUCGCCAUAUUUCAAUAAAAAAUCAAAAAUAGAGGAACAGAACACAAAAUCGUUAUCGUUACGAGAAAAAGUUUUAGCAGCCCUAUCAUCAAACAAAUUGAAUUUGAAUUCAGAGAUAGAUAAAAGUGUCAAUUUUGUAUUGCACUCUUCGCAGUUCUUAUCACAAAAAGAAAAUAAAAGUCCAAACUCCCCAGCCUCGCCUUUUCAAGAUAGAUAUGACGACAAUAUUCAUAAGAUAAAGAGCUCCCUUCAAAUGUUUCGCAGAGAUAGUUCCGUUAUUUCUCGAAAAAUUGAUUUUGUUUCCAGUCCUAAAUGUAAUUCAGUGACCAAUGGCUGGUCUGAAGACAGCGACGACGAUUUUGUUAGCACGAAGCAUGGUAAAAGUCAAAAGGUUCAGCGCAAGAAUGCAUUCAAUUAUAAGGCACCUAAUUAUAAAAUUAGAAAGAAAAAGAAAAAACCGAAUCAAUUCUUGGACUUGGAGGCAGAGCUUUCUUCGGACGCAGAAAGUGGCGAUGAGUUAAGUGAUAAUGACAGCGUAGGAUCACUAGCUGAGUUUAUUGACGACGAUGCUAACACACCUGUAGAGUCAGAUAUGCAAGCACACUAUUUACAGUCUGUCAAAAGCCCAGUGAAUGGAAUAUUUAAAAUUCCACAGCUACCAAAGAAACAUAAUAAUGAAGAUAUUCUGUCACAAUUUGUUGAAGAAGAUAAUUAUGAAAUGGAUAGUUUUUGCGUCGACUCUCACAUUGGUCUGACUCAAGUGAAUGAUGUGUCAGAGUUGGAGGUGGCAGAAAUGAUUUUAGAAGAAAAAAGGCGAAAGAGAAAAAUUAAACACAAUGACAGCGAGUUAAAUACCGCAGAUAGUCCAAUAGUUAGGAGACGGAAGAAAUGCAAAAGGCAAAUAAACAGCGAUUCGGAUGGUAGUAAUUAA